AUGCUAUUCUAUGCGCGUGCCUACUCGGACGUUCUUGAGGACGACGACGAGAACAAGUUCCAUGGCAUAGCUGUUGCGCAGGUCUUUGCCUUUAUCCUUCAGGCUCUGCGUGCUGAACCACCUCCGCUGUCAUGGCACGAUAUUGCUGUGAGUCUCGACACCUGGGCUGUAGAGUACGACGACGUGCUGAGGAACACGCCCGAAGCAGUGCGCAAGGGCAAGGAAGCGCGCUCUUCUCCGUACAAGCCCCAACGCUGGCGAGGAUUCAAGCGCUCGCCAAUUCAGACAUGGGCUCGGUGCAGGCGACUCGACAGCGACGCAAAGCAGAGGGAUAACGGUGACGAUGAAGAAGGGACUCUUCCUUCACCCACACCGACACGGUCGAUUCCCGGGGGGCGAAAAGGCUCUCACGAAGUCGAGCGCAGACUCGGCCGGUAA